AUGGGACGAGCUCGUUCACUGACUGCCGUGGAAGAAGAGGAGAUGUGCAGAGGAGGGCAAGGUCUAGGCGUGGCUAAGCUCAUGCGCUGCCGCCGUCACCGCCGCGCGGGUGAGCUCUGGCCCCAUGACCGCACAAGCAAGAUGCGGCUCCGGCGGUGUUUGGUAGCCCAGUAUCACGGAGGGAUCCCGGCUUUUCCAUGGGCCAAUCUAGCCUGUGUCAGCCUCCCUCAGGACAAAUUUAUGUGCCCUUGGGCAACCCACAAAGUCGAGGAUGCAGCCCGUUCCCUUGUGUUUUCCUUGAGGAACAAAUCCACGACUCAUUCGUCCGGGAGGGUUUCCCCGUCCGCUCGCGAGCCGCACGACUCCUUUCUUCUGUGCUCGCGACGCCACCUAGUCAAGGUCGCCGCCGCUUGCCUGGGUGCUCCAGGCUCCGCCGUCGGGCUCCCAUCGCCUCCAACCCGGCACCCCAUCUCCUCUGCCCCGGCUUCCCGUCGCCUCUGUCAUCUCGUCGAUCCGAUUGUUCCUCCUAGAUCCGGUGAGCCCUUGCCUGGACAUGCCUCGUUUCAAGAUCUGAGCUUUGGGUGAUCUAUGAUUUGAGAAGAAAAAUGCAGAUGCAGUGUGCGAGAAGCUUAUGAAAAGGAAUUAAACCAUAAUAAUUUAUUUUUCUAUAUAUGUCUUGGAUAUUUGGAUAGAGAUGAUCUAUUAGUUAGGUUAAAUUUGCCACUUGAAUUAAAUUUUCUAUGUGUUGGACUGUCAAAUAAUUUUGAUCUUGUGAUUUUGUCAUGCAUUAUGUGCACGAAAAUAUUGUGGUUGGCAUCGA